CCGCGGGCCCGUGUUUAUCGAUCGGCCAAGGCGAAAUUUUGCGAAAAAGGAGCCUUGGAGCUUUCAUCAGCUGGAGCUGCUGGAGCACUGGGCAUUUUUUUGCAAAACGAGGUUUGGAGCCACCUGAGCGUUACGCAGCAUAAUUUGACACUUCGUUCGCUCUUCUGAAUCAAAGGUGUUGAAACAAAUUCGCGUUUACAAGCAGCGUCAGAAGAAAACACAAGUCACAGAAAUGGCUAGUGGUGGUAAAGGUGCUGUUGUUCCUCCCGAAGAGUGUGAAGAAGACCUUGACGAGUUACUAUGCGAUGCUCUAGAUGACCUGAAAAAGCCAGCUGAAGAGCAAGCCCCGGCAAAAAAAGAAAAAAUUAAAGCACCCACGGGAUUGCCGUCUGAACUUGAACAUGCUUGGAAUGAAGAGUUUGCAGCUCAGUUCCAGAAAUACCUCCAAUGCGAGGGAGGUGAAAAUGCAGAGGCAGUUGCUGCGAGUCUACAGGAAAUGACAGAGGCUGCUGCAAAUGCCCUUCGUCACACUGGAGCAGACACUCCAAUGACCCCUUCUUCAGAAGAUCCUGUUUCUGCAGCUAUAGCACAAACGUUGAAAAAUCUUGCAGAUAAUGCAAAUUCAUUACAGAGUCCUUUGACCGAAAAUGAAAUCAUGAACAUGUUUGGAAGCUUUGGUCUUUCGGACGGACCUAAUGGCGACUCGGACAUAUUCCCUUUCAUGCAAAAUAUGAUGCAGUCAUUGCUCUCUAAAGAUGUAUUGCUCCCAGCGCUGCAGGGAAUCUUAGAAAAAUACCCUGGAUGGCUUGAUGAGAACAGAGCAACUCUUCCUGAAGAAAAAAUUGCUAAUAUUGUUAGGCAACAGGAACUGAUGAAGAAAGUCUGUGAAGAAUUGGAGAAGGAGUCUGCGUCAGACACAGACGAUGUAAAGUCAAAAAGAUUUGACAAAGUUCUUGAUCUCAUGCAGCAAAUGCAAGAGUGUGGUCUGCCCCCUGCAGAGCUGACUGGUGAACUUCCUGGAGACCUAGGCGCUACAAUGAGCAACCCUGAUCAGCCCCAAUGCUCCAUAAUGUAAAUUCUAAAAAAAUUUAUAGAGAUUUGGAGUCGAAGCUAGCAACUGUUACUUUUAGAUCAGGUUUUUUAGGAUGGUUCUGAUUCUCCCAGUUUUGAGUAGUCAGUUGUUAAUCUUUAAACUCAAUUGUAUUCAUUCAUAAAGAGAAAGUCAAAUUAAGACUAAAUCAUCAUGACCCUGGAAGUGCCAAAUAUUUCCUAGGAGUCGAAAGUCAAUGAUGAGUAGGCACAGAAUCUAAAUGUGUAUACCACUGAUCGAUGUGCACUGGCUUGGACCAACUCGCAUUGUGCAGGUAUGAAGACAUCUUAAUUUUGUGGCUAUGCUCUUCUCGUUAUAUUAUUUAUAGCUUGGUAUUAAUAAUUUCAUAGCCAAAGGUAAAAAAUUAAAACUAAAUUGAUAUGUGGAUCAUUGAAUACCAGUUCAAAUUUCUUGCACUACUUAUUCCACUUUAGAAUAAUUUUGUAACAUAGAUGUUGUAUUUUCUUGUUCAGGUGUCAGAUUUUACUAUACUUGCUGUUGGAAUUUUAACGUUCUGGCUUUUUUUCAUUGCAAAAUUGAAUAUAUGGGCGAACGUCUCUUAUUAACCAUUCUUGAAGAGCAAUAUAAAUAUGAAAAUGAUUCUACGCAAGACGUAACUACUAAAAGUAACACGGAGACUGUUAUAAUGUAACGUAAGGUUGAGCGCAUCACUCUAAAAGACCACUACGGCGGAAUAUUUUUGCACAAUCAAGUUUGGCAUUUUGUGAAUCAAUCACAAACAGAACUCGACAAAUAAAAACGGCAUAAGGAUAUGGGGCCACGCUCGACUUCUUUCGCGUGCAGGCCUGUUGUGGCGAGAACAAAAGCAAAAUUAUGUGAUCACCUGAUAGUGAUACAUUGUCAUACCAAAUUGGAAGAUGCAACUAAUUGAAAUGUGAUAAAAAAAUAUUUACAAGUUGGAAUUAUUAUGCAAAUUAAUCCCUGCCCAGUGUGUCCGUUUGAGCCAAGAACAAAAAUACCACUCUCCUUUCAUCAUUUUUGUGGUGUCAAGCUAUAUAUACCAAAACUUCACUAAGCGCAUUCCUUUUUUUUCUUUCAAAUUUCUAAAAAUUCCAUUCGAUCAUAUUCGACCUUGCUGAACCAAAAGCUUUUUUAUUGUGUUGCGCGUUGCAUUGAAGAGCACAAAUAAUAAAUUUGUGAAAUAUUUCAAAUUUUGUUAAUACUGCAUAAUUCUAUCUAUGCUCAAUUAAAAAUUCAGUAUGGCCUAAAAAAAGUUAAUAAUUUCCGUUCAAUUGUAUCCUUUUCAAAAUCUGUCAAAAUAGUUGUGUAUGAGUGUAAAUUUACCAAAAAUUAUAUCUGCUCCAAAAUUCUCUACGAGGUACUGUUGGGCUCUCAAUUAAGAUUAUUGCAGUAAAUUACUUAUUUGGAUGAAUAAAAAAUGUUGACGAAAAGCUAAAAAA